AGCUAAAACUGCAACAAAACAAAAAAGUUAUUUAAUUAUUUAUUUUUUCAAUUAAAAAUUACAAAAAAUUCAAAUGGAAACAGUUAGUGCAAAAGAAAAAUAUUUAAUCUGCAAUUCACUUGCAUGCAUUCCCACUUUAUUAGAAGGCCAAUCAAUUCUAAUUGAUCUCAGAAACGAGACAUCUGUUGCUGGAAGAAUUCUAAAUGCUGAUGGUUUCAUGAACAUUCAUUUGUAUGAAGCUGUUUUUAUCGACCGUCAUGGCUUGCAAUAUGAAUUUGAUGAGUUUAUUGUUAAAAAUAGAUGCAUUCGACAAAUACAAAUUCCAAAAGAAAUAAAUAUUGCCAAUGAAUUGGAUAAAAUGAUGUCAAAGGUUGGCAAACGUGAGCCAAGAAAUCAAAAGAGAAAUUUAAAAGAAAAAAGAGCAAAAGAUCGUCAUGAUGAGAUUGUUAAUGAAAUUGCUCAACAACAAAAUAAAGAUGCUGCAAAGUAAAAUAAAGA